UAAAGAAACCAACAAGUUGCCUAGGUAAAAACCCAAGAAGUAGUAUACUAUCAAGAAAGCGGAUCCAAGAAUUAGUCAACAAUGGCAGGCUAUGAAGAGGAAGAAGUGAAGUUGUUUGGUGCAUGGGGAAGCCCAUUUAGCAGUAGAGUUGAAAUUGCACUGAAAAUGAAAGGAGUCAAGUAUCAACUCAUAGAAGAAGACACUGGUAACAAAAGUCCUUUACUUCUCAAGUACAAUCCUGUUCAUAAGAAAAUCCCAGUGCUCUUGCACAAUGGCAAGCCCAUUGCAGAGUCCAUCGUGAUUAUUGAAUACAUCGAUGACACAUGGAAAUCGGGCACUCCCAUUCUGCCUCAACAUCCUCAUCAAAGAGCCAUGGCGCGUUUCUGGGCCAAGUAUAUAGAUGAUAAGCUGGUGCCUAUGUGGAAGUCUAUUAGGAGCACAGGAGAGGAGCAAGAGCAAGCUACUAAGGAGACAGAGGAGGCCCUGAGAACACUUGAAAAUGAACUCCAAGGCAAGAAGUUCUUCGGUGGCGAAACAAUUGGACUAGCUGACAUUAUAGCAAAUUUCUUGGGGCUUUGGUUCGGUAUUCUUGAAGAAGUUUGCGAGAUCAAGGUAUUGACGCAAGACAAGUAUCCAAGAAUACACCAAUGGAUUAAUGAGUAUGUUGAGUCCAGCGUCAUGAAGACCAGUUUGCCUAAAAGAUCUGAGUUACUCUCCCUUUUCCAAACGUACUUCAAACCCACCAAAUGAUUAUCUUGAAUCAUUUCCUCAGUUUACGACCUGUUGCAGUGUUGCUUAAUUUGCUUUGUGUUUGUGUGUACGUCUGGUGUUGGGUUGAAUAAGGUUUUGAUUUAUCUGGUCAGGCAUUCUCUUCAGUGAACAAAUUACAAUUCUUCAUUUUAUGACAUAUUUAUGAGUAAGUUACGAGUGCAAA